AUGGGUAGUCAGGUCUCCGUUUUAGGAGAUAUGUACAGUUUUGGGGUUCUGAUAUUGGAGAUAUUCACUGGAAGAAGACCCACAGACACUUUGUUCCAAGCAAGCUCUAGUCUCCACCACUUUUUGGAAACGACAUUGCCAGAGAAAGUUAUGGAGAUUCUAGAUAAAACAGCCUUUCAUGGUGAGAUGAUCAGUGAAGCAACCUAUGGAGAAGAAUACCGGGCCAGUAUCAAGAAAGAACAGAUGGAAUGCUUGAUUGGGAUACUUGAGAUUGGAGUUGCAUGUUCAGCUGAAUCACCAAGAGACAGAUUGACCAUGAGACAAGUUCACGGUAAGUUGACACUAAUAAGAGAAAAAUUUCUAGCGGCAGAAGAUGUACGAAGAGGAGAUUGAAGCCACAAGCUACAGGUGAAAGCAUUGGAUUCUAAGCUAGUCUUACAUUCUGUCUAUUUGCUAAGAAAAUGUUGUACUCUUACUUAAAAAAUUGAAGCCUCUGUAGUAUUUUCAGCAUGCAGAAGAACUAAGGUAGUAUCAGAUUUGUUGAUACUUAAUGGCUUUAGUUUACGAACAUCAAUGUUAGUUCCGAUGCAUAUAGAAAAACACGGAAAGGUAGAUGCAGCCUAUCCCCGAAGUUGAUAAAACUAGUUAAUGCAGGUAACUGAGGGAGAACUAAGCAUCUACGGAAUGUUUGAUUCAAUCACCGUAUAGCCUAAUGAUAUUCAUACAAAUAAUAAAAAUUCAAAUCUCUGCUUAGUUAGCAAUUUUCAUCAACAAGAAACUGAAGAAUAGGUAAAUUUAAACAUCCUUUGAUGUUUAAAUUAGCAAAUCAAUAAAUGCAACGAUACUCAAAAGUGUCUGUAAUCAAAGAUUAACUACUCUUCAAAGCACGAUUCGACUGAUACAGGCAAUAAAACUGGGACU